AGCAACAUGAACCGUGAAGACCGGAAUGUGCUCCGUAUGAAAGAAAGAGAAAGGCGAAAUCAAGAAAUCCAGCAGGGAGGAGAGGCCUUUCCAGCUCACUCCCCUCUCUUUCCUGAACCUUAUAAAGUUGUAAGUUUAUUUUGUUAUUCAUUUUGUUUUGCUUCUGUCAUUUAGUUACCUCUUAGAGUAUAUACUUGUUUCUCCUAUAAGUAUUCCCAUUAUGCUAUGAUUGAUUUGCAGGAUUCAUUGAUAACUAUUUUUUUAAACCAGAGAACUGCUUACGUCUUUUUAUAUCUGAACGGUGGCAGGGAGAGUUGGAGGUAAGUGCACUGUUUAGGGGAACUGUAUUAGCUGCAGUUAAUUUGGGCUCAGGUCUGUUGCUGGCUGCUCAGGAGGAAUGUAAGGCCCAGGCCUCGAAAGCCGAGGUGUCAUACCCGUCCUGCCCUCACUGCAGAUUCAGUCUCACCUUGUGUCCCUUUAUCUUAUCUGGUCCUUCCUUAGUCCUCCUCCCAAUGAGCCUGAGGUAAGUGCAUAACCUGCUAUCCCCUUUUGUCCCAUCAAAUUGCUAUAUCAUCGUGGGCAGUAAACAGCCCACAGGUAAAGGGGACCUGCAUUCAUAUGCAGUCUUGAUAACUGUAGGAUGCGUGUAUGGCACUGUCCCCUAUCAUAUAUAGCGGUUGGGAAGUAGACCUAACCCAUAUUGAUGUUGAUGCUUACCAGGCCCCUGUAGUCAAAUAAACAACAGAAAAUAGUUGGAUUAGGGAUACACAUUUGCCAUGAGCACUGAUGUGGGCCAGAACCAGAUCUCCCAACCCACCAACUCGAUUAUACAGAUUUCAGCCCUUGGCUCAGUUUAAUCUUUGCCACUAACCAGAUUUAAGCAGAGGUAAGUGACUCCUCUCUUAGCUAGAGGAACCAUCAAAGGAUGGUUUGGAACGUGUCCUGACAGGUAGCGAAUGAAAAGGGGUGAGAGUUGAGUUCUACCUGGAAAGCCAAGUUGUCUCUUGCCCCCACGAAGUGAAAGGUAAUCAGGGGGCUUUGAUGAAGAAUAGGACCCAGGGAAGGCACCCUCCCUCCACCAUCCAUAGACAGCCAUGGCAGCCAUGUUGUGUUCCGCAGCUCUCAGACCCCUGAGUUCACUGUGUGUGUUUAGAGAAACCUUGUUUACUCAUGCAGUUACAAAAUACGUCAUGUAAUGUAGAAAUGUGAAACAUCAACUGGAUAACUAAAACUCUAUCUUCUCAUCUGGGCAGUAGAAUGCCUCUUUGUGAUUAGUUUCCAGAGAGUUAUGUAACAUCAGUCUUGACCAAUAGUAUUCAUAGUCCAGUAAAAUGUGUUUACUAUGCCCUCCUGUAAAGUCCAUGGCUGUUAUUUAAAGAUACACUAAACAAAGCUGCCACUGAAGUUGUACAAUUAUAGCAGCGUGGUAACGUUUGUCCACUGGUUGCACAGAUGCAGUUCAUCUUUCCCCAGUCAGAAAAGUUCUGAUCUUAAGUGGCUUUUUGUAUAAUGACUCCAAUAUGCACUUCAGAUGUAUCUUUGUCAAGGCCUAUGGCUUUUCCCUUUUUUUAGUAUUGCUCUCCACAUUACUGUUAUCAUAUCAUUUUGAAGUUCUCUCCUGAUAACAUUGUAAAUGUAGUUUAAAACUGGUGCAUGAAUUGUAAAAGAUAGGGGUAGAUGUUACCUUUUUGCUCUGUUUGCUACCGAGAGCCCUUCCAUCAAAGUGUAGGCCUUGCAUGGUGGCACACUUAUGCAUUGUACACAUACACAACACAACAUAUUGCAAGGCAAACCCAAUUACUAGUGUGAAUGUACUCUGAUGGAUUUUCUCUACUUUCCAUCCAGACCAGCAAAGCUUUGUGUAUCACGUAUUCUACAUUUCCUGCUACAGAUAACGGAUGGUUUCUUGCCCCACACGGGUAUCUGUCAGAAAUAAUCCGUUUUGGGCCCCCAUGUGAAAUUGGAUAGGCUACACACACUGUGGGUUACCUCUUGUCGUCUCUAGUGGUAGCCCCACCGAGUGAUUGAUUAACCACUUUAGUGGAGCCAUGGAAGGCCCUUAUCUCCCCAUGCAGAUGGCGUCACUGGUCAGGAGGGGAGUUUGAAUAAGCCAGUCGUCUCUCGUGUGAUUAGUUGAGAGGGCCGCCCUCUCCUCAAUAUUGUUUCAACUUUAAGCUUUAUAUCAGAGGGCUAAUAGUAUAAUUUUCCUAACAAAAAAAACAUUGUCAAUGUUUCUUUGAUGUUAUAAGAAACAUUGAAGCCUCUUCUUUUUUUGUUUUUUUUAUUCAGAAGUUUUCACCAGAAUAAAUUAAAGUUUGGAUAGCAUAUUUCAUUAAUGUAUUAGACUAAAAGCAAUUAAUUCAACUGCUGUCCUGAAGGUGACCCUCUGUUUCUUUCUCGUUCUCUCUUUUUCUGUCUUUGUCUUUCGCAGUCCAGCAAAGAAGAUAAACUGUCCAGUCGUAUCCAGAGUAUGCUUGGAAACUACGACGAGAUGAAGGAACCUAUCGGAGACACAAUUCCAAAACUCGGUGGCAAACCCUCAGGCUCGUCGUCCUCUGAGGAGAAGUCCGGCCAGUCUCUGUUUGGGGACCAGCGUGGCGGUGGUAGUGGCCAGAGCAGUAAAUGGACUCCAGUAGGCCCAGCGGCCAGCACUUCGUCCUCCCAGUCCUCUAAGAGAUCCAGCCUCCAGGGCAGCCACAGCAGUAGCAGGAGUAGCGGUAGCAGCAGCAGUAGCCAAAGACACGAGCGGGAACACAAGAAGUCCAGCAAGCAUGGCUCAGAACACUCCAAGUCCCACACGUCCAGCCCAGCCAAGGGUUCCCUGAGCUCAAGUCACUCCCGGUCACUGGGUGCUGAGCACCACGGCAAGGAGCGCUACCGCUCCAAGUCCCCGCGCGAGCGCGAGGCCAACUGGGACUCCCCGUCGCGUGUGCACACAUCUUUCCCCAGCGGCCCGCACUCCAGCCAGGCCUUCCCCCCUUCGCUCAUGUCCAAGCCCAGCUCCAUGCUGCAGAAGCCUACAGCCUACGUGCGCCCCAUGGAUGGCCAGGAGACGGUGGAGCCCAAGACCUCAUCAGAGAUGUACAGCGGCCAGUCCCACAGCAGCACCAUGGGGGAGAUGAAGUCCAACGGCAAGGCCUCGCUCUCCAAGCUCAAGAUCCCCUCGCAGCCUGUUGAGGUAAAACCACAGAACUAGAAUUCUAGAAAUUCUAUAGAAUAAAACUCAAAGACUUAGUCACUAACAAGAUGAAAGAUGACACACUAACAUUUGUUGUUUAUGAGCCUUUUUUCUUCUUCUUCUAACAAUGGUACAAUCGUUGAUAUUUGUAGGGUCCAAUGACUGGGGAUGCGAAUUGUGUUGAUGAGAUUUUAAAGGUAAGUAAGUUUUUUUUUCAGAGGAUCAAGUAAGCUGAGUAAGAAACUUUUUUUUUUUUUUCUUCCAGUCAUUGAGGUCUUACUCAACUUCACUUUUUCCAUUUUUCCCUCCAGGAAAUGACUCAGUCCUGGCCCCCUCCGUUGACAGCCAUUCACACCCCCUGCAAAACGGAGCCUUCAAAGUUUCCAUUCCCCUCCAAGGUCAGACAGCAGAGAAGGCCUUAGUGACGUACAGAGGCUGAGCAUAAUGAAAUAAAAGAAUUUCCAUCUCUUGCAAAGUCAUGUUUUCAGCCGGCACUAUUUUUAGAUUAGUCAUUGGUACAAUAAGAUGCAAUUUCUUUUAUGGAUGUCUGAAUAGCAUUUGUUAGGCCUACAUAGUGUUAGGCCUACAUUUGGCCUACAUAGUGUUAGGCCUACAUUUGUUAGGCCUACACCUACUAAUAGUGAAGACAUCAAAACUAUGAAAUAACACAUGGAAUCAUGUAGUAACCAAAAAAGCGUUAAACAAAUCAAAAUAUAUUUGAUAUUUCAGAUUCUUCAAAGUAGCCACCCUUUGCCUUGAUGACAGCUUUGCACACUCUUGGCAUUCUCUCAACCAGCUUCAUGAGGAAUGCUUUUCCAACAGUCUUGAAGGAGUUCCCACAUGGGGCUCCCAAGUGGCGCAGCGGUCUAAGACACUGCAUCUCAGUGCUAGAGGCGUCACUACAGACCCUGGUUCGAUUCCAGGCUGUAUCACAAUCCGGCCGUGAUUGGGAGUCCCAUAGGGCGGCGCACGAUUGGCCCAGCAUCGUCCGGGUUUGGCCUGGGUAGGCCGUCAUUGUAAAAAAUAAUUUGUUCUUAACUGACUUGCCUAGUUAAAUAAAAGUUACAUUUAAAUAAAAAAUUUUAACAUAUGCUGAGCACUUGUUGGCUGCUUUUCCUUCACUCUGCGGUCCAACUCAUCCCAAACCAUCUCAAUUGGGUUGAGGUCGGGUGAUUGUGGAGGCCAGGUCAUCUGAUGCAGCACUCAAUCACUCUCCUUCUUGGUCAAAUAGCCCUUACACAGCCUGGAGGUGUGUUUUGAGUCAUUGUCCUGUUGAAAAACAAAUGUUAGUCCCACUAAGCGCAAACCAGAUGGGAUGGCGUAUCGCUGCAGAAUGCUGUGGUAGCAAUGCUGGUUAAGUGUGCCUUGAAUUCUAAAUAAAUUACUGACAGUGUCACCAGCAAAGCACCCCCACACCAUCACACCACCUCCUCCAUGCUUUAUGGUGGGAACCACAUAUGCGGAAAUCAUCAGUUCACCUACUCUGCGUCUCACAAAGACACGGUGGUUGGAACCAAAAAUCUCAAAUUUGGACUCCUCAGACCAAAGGACAGAUUUCCACUGGUCAAAUGUCCAUUGCUCGUGUUUCUUGGACCGAGCAAGUCUCUUCUUCUUAUUGGUGUCCUUUAGUAGUAGUUUCUUUGCAGCAAUUUGACCAUGGCCUGAUUCACGCAGUCUACUCUGAACAGUUGAUGUUGAGAUGUCUGUUACUUGAACUCUGUGAAGGCUGCAAUCUGAGGUGCAGAUAACUAAUGAACUUAUCCUCUGCAGCAGAGGUAACUCUGGGUCUUCAUUUCUUGUGGUGGUCCUCAUGAGAGCCAGUUUCAUCAUAGCUCUUGAUGGAUUUUGUGACUGCACUUGAAGAAACUUUCAAAGUACUUGAAAUGUUCCGUAUUGACUGACCUUCAUGUCUUAAAGUAAUGAUGGACUGUUGUUUCUCUUUGCUUAUUUGAGCUGUUCUUACCAUUAUAUGGACUUAGUAUUUUACCAAAUAGGGCUAUCUUCUGUAUACCACCCCUACCUUGUCACAACACAACUGAUUGGCUCAAACGCAUUAAGAAGGAAAGUAAUUCCACAAAUUAACUUAACAAGGCACACCUGUUAAUUGAAAUGCAUUCCAGGUGACUACCUCAGUUGGUAGAGCAUGGCGCUUGCAACGUCAGGGUUGUGGGUUCGUUUCCCACGGGGGGCCAGUAUGAAAAAUUUAUGCACUCACUAAAUGUAAGUCGCUCUGGAUAAGAGCGUCUGCUAAAUGACUAAAAUGUACCUCAUGAAGCUGGUUGAGAGAAUGCCCAGAGUGUGCAAAGCUGUCAUCAAGGCAAAGGGUGGCUACUUUGAAGAAUCUAAAAUCUCAAAUAUAUUUUGAUUUGUUUAACACUUUUUUUGGUUACUACAUCAUUCCAUAUGUGUUAUUUCAUAGUUUUGAUGUCUUCGCUAUUAUUCUACAAUGUAGAAAAUAGUAAAAAUAAAGAAAAACCCUGGAAUGAGUAGGUGUGUCCAAACUUUUGACUGGGACUGUAUGUGUGAAUAGUACAUGUAAUAAGCAAUAUGUAUUUUCUUUGAAAUAAUAGAAGAAAAUGCCAUAUAGUUGAACACUACCAUAAUCAAUAAGCAGCUGUUUUGUAAUAUAAUGAGCAGUGUGGUUGAACUUAUAAGGGCAUGUAAUGUCUCUGUAUAAACAAACGUUAUCUUGACUAUCUUUUUAGGACACUCAGCACGCAAGUUUUCCAGGUGCACACAGUAAGUAUUUCCCAGCACUUUACGUUCAACAUACACUACCGUUCAAAAGUUUGGGGUCACUUAGAAAUGUCCUUGUUUUCCAUGAAAACAUACAUGAAAUGAGUUUGAAUAGGACAUACAGUGGGGAGAACAAGUAUUUGAUACACUGCUGAUUUUGCAGGUUUUCCUACUUACAAAGCAUGUAGAGGUCUGUCAUUUUUAUCAUAGGUACACUUCAACUGUGAGAGACGGAAUCUAAAACAAAAAUCCAGAAAAUCACAUUGUAUGAUUUUUAAGUAAUUAAUUUGCAUUUUAUUGCAUGACAUAAGUAUUUGAUACAUCAGAAAAGCAGAACUUAAUAUUUGAUACAGAAACCUUUGUUUGCAAUUACAGAGAUCAUAUGUUUCCUGUAGGUCUUGACCAGGUUUGCACACACUGCAGCAGGGAUUUUGGCCCACUCCUCCAUACAGACCUUCUCUAGAUCCUUCAGGUUUCGGGGCUGUCGCUGGGCAAUACAGACUUUCAGCUCCCUCCAAAGAUGUUCUAUUGGGUUCAGAUCUGGAGACUGGCUAGGCCACUCCAGGACCUUGAGAUGCUUCUUAUGGAGCCACUCCUUAGUUGCCCUGGCUGUGUGUUUCGGGUCAUUGUCAUGCUGGAAGACCCAGCCACGACCCAUCUUAGAAAUAAUUAUUUUUAAUAGAAAUAAUAAUUGUGUCCUUCAAACUUUGCUUUCAUCAAAGAAUCCUCCAUUUGCAGCAAUAAUAAUUGUGUCCUUCAAACUUUGCUUUCAUCAAAGAAUCCUCCAUUUGCAGCAAUUACAGCCUCUCAGACCUUUGUCAUUCUAGUUGUCAAUUUGUUGAGGUAAUCUGAAGAGAUUUCACCCCAUGCUUCCUGAAGCACCUCCCACAAGUUGGAUUGGCUUGAUGGGCAUUUCUUACAGUCAAACUGCUCCCACAACAGCUCAAUAGGGUUGAGAUCCGGUGACUGUGCUGGCCACUCUAUUAUAGACAGAAUACCAGCUGACUGCUUCUUCCCUAAAUAGUUCUUGCAUCGUUUGGAGCUGUGCUUUGGGUCAUUGUCCUGUUGUAGGAGGAAAUUGUCUCCAAUCAAGUGCCGUCCACAGGGUAUGGCAUGGCGUUGCAAAAUGGAGUGAUAGCCUUCCUUCUUCAAGAUCCCUUUUACCCUGUAUAAAUCUCCCACUUUACCACCACCAAAGCACCCGCAGACCAUCACAUUGCCUCCACCAUGCUUGACAGAUGGCAUCAAGCACUCCUCCAGCAUCUUUUCAUUUGGUCUGCGUCUCACAAAUGUUCUUUGGGAUCCGAACACCUCAAACUUCAAUUUGUCUGUCCAUAACACUUUUUUCCAAUCUUCCUCUGUCCAGUGUCUGUUCUUUUGCCCAUCUUAAUCUUUUAUUUUUGUUGGCCAGUCUGAGAUAUGGCUUUUUCUUCGCAACUCUGCCUAGAAAGUCAGCAUCCUGGAGUUGCCUCUUCACUGUUGACGUUGAGACUGGUGUUUUGCGGGUACUAUUUAAUGAAGCUGCCAGUGUGAGGCGUCUGUUUCUCAAACUAGACACUAAUGUAUUUGUCCUCUUGCUCAGUUGUGCACCGGGGCCUCCCACUCCUCUUUCUAUUCUGGUUAGAGCCAGUUUGCGCUGUUCUGUGAAGGAAGUAGUACACAGCGUUUUACGAGAUCUUCAGUUUCUUGGCAAUUUCUCGCAUGGAAUAGCCUUCAUUUCUCAGAAAAAGAAUAGACUGACGAGUUUCAGAAGAAAGUUAUUCGUUGCUGGGCAUUUUGAGCCUGUAAUCGAACCCACAAUUGCUGAUUCUCCAGAUACUCAACUAGUCUCAAAAGGCCAGUUUUAUUGCUUCUUUAAUCAGCACAACAGUUUUCAGCUGUGCUAACAUAAUUGCAAAAGGGUUUUCCUAAUGAUCAAUUAGCCUUUUUAAAAUGAUCAACUUGGAUUAGCAAACACAACGUGCCAACACAGGACUGAUGGUUGCUGAUAAUGGGCCUCUGUAGAUAUUCCAUAAAAAAUCUGCCGUUUCCAGCUACAAUAGCCAUUUACAACAUUAACAAUGUCUACACUGUAUUUCUGAUCAAUUUGAUGUUAUUUUCUGUCGAAAACAAGGACAUUUCUAAGUGACCCCAAACUUUUGAACAGUAGUCUCAAACAUCUUGAACCUCUGGAUACAGGCUGAUUUCACCAUUGUCAUAAUGGUAAUGAGUUCUCCUCUCACCCUUCCUCACCUCCAGAGAGACCAACCAAGACGUCGAGCAGUCACCAGUCCAAGGCAGCACCAUGCGAUGGAGAUCAGGCCAAGUGAGUGUCCCUCCCCUUCACCCUGUAAAUCUCUAAGAACAUUAUGGCUAGCAGCCAGCUGCUUUAUGAUCGUGACAGACAGUUGACACAGUAUCUCCAAACAUUGAGGGACACAGAAUAGGAGCCACAUUGCUUAGUUCUCCCCAUAGUUGUUUGUGUGGUAAUGAAGCCAUAUGUGGUGUUAAUGUGUAACGUCCACGGCCUUGUAAUGUUCCAGUAAUGUUUUGCUGGAAGAUGACCUGAAGCUCAGCAGUGAUGAGGACAGUGAUGGAGAACAGGACUCGGCCAAAAACACCUCCAGAAACGCAUCAGCAAGGUAGUGGCCUUACUGGUCUCUGACAGACUCAUUGGAGCUGAAGUUCUUGAUACGAUUCACCCCCCUCAGAACUGAAACGAAAUGCUAUAAGAAUAGCUAGCUAUUUCCAUGUGUAACUACUAACUGAUGAUACCUUCACAUGAAUGGCCCCAGACUACUGUCCACUAACUUACUACAUAUCCCUGUCCAACAGUAACAACAGUAAUAACAGCGAGGCAGCACACUCGCGGGACGACUCCAGCAGUCACAGUGGCUCAGAGAGCAGUUCGGGGUCGGACAGCGAGAGCGAGAGCAGCUCCACAGACAGCGAGGCCAACGAGCCCCCUCGCCCGGCAUCACCAGAGGUAGGCCUAGUUACACAUUUGACCUCUCUUCCUUUUGACCUAUCAUCUUCUGGACCAGCUAUUACAUUAUUGUAUUAUAACCAAGGGUUGUCACUUGUCAGUACCGUUUACCUUCUUGCACCUGACCUGAUAAGGCAUGCAGAAUAUGGUGUAGUAGAUCCUAGUCCCAAUUUCUACACUUCUCCCUACAGCCUGAACCAGCCACAGCCAAUAAAUGGCAGUUGGACAACUGGUUCAAGAAAGCCAAGCAGUUCUCCCCGGCCUCCCCAGUGGACAAUAAUGUACCCACCAAGUACAAGAAGGAGGGGCGGGACCAGAGCUCAGGCCGGGGCUACAGCGGGCAGGGCGGGUCUAAAGACUCAGGGGCGCCGACACCUAGCAGGGACCUGAGGGCAGCACAGAAGGGCUCAGAGAGCGGCCGUGGCCGGCAGAAAUCUCCCGCUCAGAGCGAGGGUGGCCCGGGCCAGCGCAGAACAGUGGGUAAAAAACAGCCCAAAAAGUCUGAGAAGCCCCCGGUGGUGGAGGAGCCUAAGGGGGGGCUGAGGGUUGAGAGUGAACCCGCUCCGGAGAUCCCUCCCCAUCGGCCCAAGGCCGCCACCAAGGGCUCCCGCAAACCAAACAUCAAGAAGGAGCCCAAGUCCUCGUCCAUACCGGCCGUGGACAAGCGCAAGAGCAAGGCGCUCACUAAGACUUCCCAGAAGUCCCGGGAGUUUGUGGACACGGACGACUCCUCCUCGGAAUCGGAGGAGAAUGACAGCAUUCCCUCAUCGUCUCAGACCCCCAAGUACACAGAGAGCAUCAGGACUCCAGUGUGUGUGUUCUCUCCUAUGGAAGAGAAGGAGCUGCUCUCUCCUCUCAGCGACCCGGACGACCGCUUUCCCGUCAGGCAGCAGCAGGUGCUCAUGGUGAAGAUCGACCUUAGCCUGCUCUCCCGUGUUCCUGGACGGCCCUACAAAGACCUGCUAGAGCCCAAAGUAGAGAGGGACUGCUCCCUGGACAGAGACAAGGACUUCCAGAAGCAGCCCUCUGAGAAGAGCUCCGGUAAGGGCAAGAGGAAACACAAGGUAUGGCCUGCCACAGCACACUGCUAUUCAUUGGAUGUUAGGACUUGACUUUGUUUUACUAUGCAAAUUGGUGAAAAAGAUUGCUAUGACAAGGUCUGUUAAAGGUUCAAUCCAGCUGUUUUUAUCUCAAUAUCAAAUCAUUUCUGGGUAACCAUUAGGGUGUUUUCACAUAUAGUCCUCUUUUUAAAGAGGACUGAGAUCGGAUCUUUUAUAGUGAACUCUGGGUUAGAAAAAAAAAAGCCAAAGAACUCUGUUCUCUUUGUAUUCACACUGCCCUUGCAUUUGAAUGAGGACUCAACGCUUUUGCCAGUUGACUUCAACUAUUUUGUGGUCUGAUUAUGGUUUGCAUUGACAUUGCUAUGUUUAGAAAGGAACCAAUUCACUUUUCCAACAUUCACGCAAUGCACUCUGGGUUUUCACAAAGUGCAGGACAAACCCUUCCAUCAGAACGUGUUAUCAGACAGCUAGUGGUACCUGCUUACAUUUUGGAAGCUAAUACACUACAACAUCUCAUUCCAAAAUCAUGGGCAUUAAUAUGGAGUUGGUCCCCCCCCCUUGCUGCUAUAACAGCCUCCACUCUUCUGGGAAGGCUUUCCACUUGAUGUUGGAACAUUGCUGCGGCGACUUGCUUCCAUUCAUCCACGAGCAUUAGUGAGGUCAGACACUGAUGUUGGGCGAUUAGGACUGGCUCGCAGUUGGCUUUCCAAUUAAUUCCAAAGGUGUUCGAUGGGGUUGAGGUCAGGGCUCUGUGCAGGCCAGUCAAGUUCUUCCACACCGAUCUCGACAAACCAUUUCUGUAUGGACCUCGCUUUGUGCACAGCGUGGGGCAUUGUCAUGCUGAAACAGGAAAGGACCUUCCCCAAACUGUUGCCACAAAGUUGGAAGCACAGAAUCGGGCUGGAACUAAGGGGCCUAGCCCGAACCAUGAAAAACAGCCCCAGACCAUUAUUCCUCCUCCACCAAACUUUAUAGUUGGCACUGUGCAUAGGGGCAGGUAGCUUUCUCCUGGCAUCUGCCAAACCCAGAUUCAUCCGUCGGACUGGCAUGGUGAAGCGUGAUUCAUCACUCCAGAGAACGCGUUUCCACUGCUCCAGAGUCCAAUGGCGGUGAGCUUUACACCACUCCAGCCGACACUUGGCAUUGCGCAUGGUGAUCUUAGACUUGUGUGUGGCUGCUCGGCCAUGGAAACCCAUUUCAUGAAGCUCCCGACGAACAGUUCUUGUGCUGACGUUGCUUCCAGAGGCAGUUUGGAACUCAGUACUGCGUGUUGCAACCGAGGACAGGCAAUUUUUACACGCUUCAGCACUCGGCGGUCCCGUUCUGUGAGCUUGUGUGGCCUACCACUUCGCGGCUGAGCCGUCGUUGCUCCUAGACGUUUCCACUUCACAAUAACAGCACUUACAGUUGACCGGGGCAGCCCUAACAUGGCAGAAAUUUGACGAACUGACUUGUUGGAAAGGUGGCAUCCUAUGACGGUGCCACGUUGAAAGUGACUGAGCUCUUCAGUAAGGCCAAUGUUUGUCUAUGGGGAUUGCACGGCUGUGUGCUUGAUUUUAUACACCUGUCAGCAACGGGUGUGGCUGAAAUAGCCGAAUCCACUAACUUGAAGGGGUGUCCACAUACUUUUGUGUGUAUAUAUAGUGUAGAUUGCAUUUAGUUAAAGGGACAUUUCAAACAUUUUCUACUUCAUUUUCAUCAUCUCCAGCAAAUGGCGCGUUUCUAUGUUUUGUAGUAAAGAAAGAGUAAUAUGAGCAUUUCCAAACAGUGUGCAUCAUGUGAUUAUACCAAUUAUGAGUAGGCAUUGCCUACUAAUUGUCUAUUAAUUGGUUGAUGAUGUCAUUGGAAACACUUCUCUUCCUGUAUCUUUUUUACUACAAAACAUAACGUGCCAUUUUCACAUGUUGAUGUUGGGGUGGUGCUGGAAAUGAUGAAUCUGAGGUAGCUUUUUUUUUUUUUUUAUCCUUUAAAGCGGCAAUAUGUAACUUUUUGGGCGACCCUACCAAAUUCACAUAGAAAUGUGAGUUAUAGAUCUGUCAUUCUCAUUGAAAGCAAGUAUAAGAAGCGGUAGAUCUGUUCUAUGUGCGCUAUUUCUAUGCUUCCCGUUAAGUUUAGUUAUUGUGUCUUUUACUUUAGGUUUUGUACAGCGUCGAACAGUUGAAAAUACAAAAUUUUUGAUUAUGGAAAAUAUAUUUCACAGCGGUUUAGAUGGUCAAAUGAUGAUCUAUACUACACUUGCUUGUUUUGUCACACAAACUGAAAUUAGGCAAACUAUUAGAAUUUUAGCAAACUGGAAAUGGCAGAGCGAUUUCUGCACCUUGAUUUUGUACCCUAUUUUGUGAUUCUCACCAAAUAUGUUCUCUCCUCAAACUAUUAAAAUCGAAUAAACCGUUUAUGAAGCUCUCUUAGCCUAUAGAUCACAUAUUGCAAACAAAUAAUCUGAACAUCGUGCCAGUACAAAACAUAUUUUAGAAUUUCUGUGCAUCCUUGAAAAUUGCUAAUCUUUAUCCAAAAACUGCAUUUUUUUUUUUUUCACGAACCUGCACAUCAUCAUCUUCUCUCCUUCGUGGCACCAAUGUCAGGGGUUAUGGCAGGGGAGUUGCAGUAGUCUAGUGUGUGGUGCAGGAAUAAUGACAAGGGAACCUGGUGUGCUUUGUGUUCACAUUGCCCUAAAAAAGGGAACCGGACCGUGGAAUUCAAGCGAACCAAACUCAGACCACCUCUCGAGAUGGUCUCAGUUCGCUUCAAGGGCUCUUUUGAGGGGUCUGAGUUAUUUUGGAGUGUUCACACUGCACAAUAAAUUAAGCGAACCGCACUGAGUUCAGAAAAAUUUGCUGGAAGGGACCAAGUAUAAAAACACCCUUAGGUACCUUACUGUGAUUGUUUCUUUUUGACCAUUUUAAUUGAAAACAAAAAUAGCUUCUUAGCAAAGACCAAUUUCUCAAGCAAUAAUUUUCUAGGACUGUCUGGGAGUGGUCUGAGUGGGGAGAGGAAAACUGAAAUAGGAUAGGAAAUAUAGCUAAAUGAAUAGGAAAUGUAGUCAUUGACAAGGUUAGAAAUAAUGAUUUUUUAUUGAAAUAAUAAUUGUGUCCUUCAAACUUUGCUUUCGUCAAAGAAUCCUCAAUUUGCAGCAAUUAAAGCCUUGUAGACAGCCUUCACCCCAUGCUUCCUGAAGCACCUCCCACAAGUUGGAUUGGCUUGAUGGGCACUUCUUACAUACCAUACGGUCAAGCUGCUCCCACAACAGCUCAAUAGGGUUGAGAUCUGGUGACUGUCCUGGCCACUCCCUUAUAGACAGAAUACCAGCUGACUGCUUCUUCCCUAAAUAGUUAUUGCAUAGUUUGGAGCUGUGCUUUGGGUCAUUGUCCUGUUGUAGGAGGAAAUUGGCUCCAAUCUAGCACCGUCCACAGGGUAUGGCAUGGCGUUGGAGUGAUAGCCUUCCUUCUUCAAGAUCCCUUUUACCCUGUACAAAUCUCCCACUUUACCACCACCAAAGCACCUGCAGACCAUCACAUUGCCUCCACCAUGCUUGACAGAUGGCAUCAAGCACUCCUCCAGCAUCUUUUCAUUUGGUCUGCGUCUCACAAAUGUUCUUCUUUGGGAUCCGAACACCUCAAACUUCGAUUUGUCUGUCCAUAACACUUUUUUCCAAUCUUCCUCUGUCCAGUGUCUGUUCUUUUGCCCAUCUUUUAUUUUUAUUGGCCAGUCUGAGAUAUGGCUUUUUCGUUGCAACUCUGCCUAGAAAGUCAGCAUCCCGGAGUCGCCUCUUCACUGUUGACGUUGAGACUGGUGUUUUGCGGGUACUAUUUAAUGAAGCUGCCAGUUGAGGACCUGUGAGGCAUCUGUUUCUCAAACUAGACACUCUAAUGUAUUUGUCCUCUUGCUCAGUUGUGCACCCGAGGCCUCCCACUCCUCUUUCUAUUCUGCUUAGAGCCAGUUUGCGCUGUUCUGUGACGGGAGUAGUACACAGUGUUGUACGAGAUCUUCAGUUUCUUGGCAGUUUCUCGCAUGGAAUAGCCUUCAUUUCUCAGAACAAGAAUAGACUGACGAGUUUCAGAAGAAAGUUCUUUGUUUCUGGCCAUUUUGAGCCUGUAAUCAAACCCACAAUUGCUGAUGCUCCAGAUACUCAACUAGUCUCAAGAAGGCCAGUUUUAUUGCUUUUUCAAUCAGCACAACAGUUUUCAGCUGUGCUAACAUAAUUGCAAAAGGGUUUUGUAAUGAUCAAUUAGCCUUUUAAAAUGAUCAACUUGGAUUAGAAAACACAACAUGCCACUUUGGAACACAGGACUGAUGGUUGCUGAUAAUGGGCCUAUGUACGCCUAUGUAGAUAUUCCAUAAAAAAUCAGCCGUUUCCACCUACAAUAGCCAUUUACAACGUUAACAAUGUCUACACUGUAUUUCUGAUCAAUUUGAUGUUAUUUUAAUGGACAAAAAAAUUGCUUUUCUAUCGAAAACAAGGACAUUUCUAAGUGACCCCAAACCUUUGAACGGUAGUGUAUAUUUUCUUAUACUUCAAGGGCUCUUAAAAUUCUGAAUCAAAUGGCAAAAUGAACCUUGGUAUGACCUUCUUAAAACAAUUCCUCCCCUCCCCCGGCUUAGAUAGGGCUUAGACUCGUAUGGGUUAUGCUUGAAUGUCAAUUUGUUUUGGCCAUCUUCCAAAUGUUUAUGAGCUGCAGUUUAGAAUGAUGUGAUAUUUCAUGUUCAGUUGAUACCCAGUCAAAUACCAAGGACCCUAUUCCUUUCAAGCCUUUCAAAUGCACCCACAAUAAAUCAUCCUUUUCCCUCCCCUGUUAUUCACCUUAGAAUGAUGACGAGAGCGCCAAGCCUGAUAGCAAGAAGUCCAGACUUGAAGACAAAUCCUCAUCUCAUCACAAAAACAGCAGCAAAGAGUGAGUGACUUUUUAUUCAAACCAUACCAUCACAUGCUUAAUUUCCGCAACCCAACAUCAACAUUGUGAACAUGGAAUGCUAACAUUGAAAACCACCCACACCAGGUCUAAGAGGGCCAUGGAGGCCAAGGUGAAGGAGGAGCCGGUGCCCUCUCCCUCCAUAUCAGGGUCAGGAGGGCUGCAGAGGACGCCCAAGGCGGAGCACCAGAGCCGCAAGCGGACGGUCAGCCAGUCUUCCACCUCCCUGUCCAGCGGAGCCAGCAGCGGCAAGGAGGGAGGCCACAGCACCAAGAGCAGCUCCACCUCCAAACACAGGAAGGGCGAGGACAAGCAGGGCAGGAGCAGCCGGGAGGGCAAGGUGUGUCAGUCUAGCUGCCUGCCUGUCCGUCUAUGUUGGCUGCACACUGUCAUGCUCUACUUAUGACACCAUUUUAUCCAAACUCAUACACACACUACUAGGGUGCCCUUUACCAGCUGCACUGAGUAUUAUUUUGGCUCAAGUGUCACGCAAUGUCCACCCACUGCAAAUACAUUUGGGAAGGACACAAAUAUAACAUUUGUAGCUCACCACUUUCACCACUGCAUGAUUUUGUUAUUCCCAUCAUAUCGUCACAUAAAAUAGCCCACGUAGGAAUAGGAUUAUAAACUUUGUUGUCUCUCCGCAGGAGAAAUCCUCAAAGGGCUCUGAUAACAAGCUUGCUGUGCCACCGCUCUCCUCGGAAGGCUCAAAGUCCCUGAGAUCAAAACUGCUGUUUGAGGACAGGUAAGAAAAGCCUCCUCUCCACUGUGGAUAACCCACUGCCAGUCAGCAUGUAGAGCUGCAGGGAUAGGGUUGCAUUUGAUGUAAAGCCCCUGGGAUAUGGGGAAUUGAUGAGCCAGUUUGAAACAGAGAUGACAUACAUUUCCAUUUUAAAGGCUCAGUGGGAAGGGUCCGUCCACUUGCUGUGGCGAAGAAACCUUGCACAUAGUUGUUUGGAGAGUAUUGGGAACAUUUGUAUGCUCUUUUUCAAAGUUUGGGUGUACAGGAAAUGAAUGCAAUAACUGUUCUGUUUCAGGGUUCACUCUGCUGAUCACUACUUACAAGAGGCCAAGAAACUGAAACACAAUGCAGAUGCACUGGUAAGAAACGAUUGUGUUGGCUCUUAUGUGAAACCAAGAGCAUGUAGGGGCGAACACGCUUUGGUGAUCAUUUUAUUUCCUUAUAUUAUAAUAUACAUUUUACUAAGACAAAUAUGAUUAUUCAUGUUCUGAAUUGUUCAGUGGGUUCUUUCUCUAACAUAUCAUUAGCAUUAUAUCCAAAAAGUCGGAUUUCGUAACCUAAUACUCUGACAUGGCAGUAACAACUUUUGAGGAUUUGACAUUUUGUGGUAGUCAUCUUCAACGUUGUUUCUGUGGGUCCCAAAAAGCAAAAUUAGCAUGACACGAGCUGAAUUAAACGUAAAAGGCUUUGAAAAUAAAACGCUUGGUAUACGCUCAGUGCUCCGUUGACAUUUCAGAGAUAUGCUUGUUUUUGUGAGAGAUUUCUGAAAAAUAACAGUAAUUUUGAAUUAAUAUUAAAAGCGUAAUACUAAAAAUGACAUCUCAAAAUUGAUAUCCAUCUUACCUCUAUUGUUUUCUGUCCUGCGAAUGGGAGAAGAAAGAUGACGAGUUCAACAGAAAGUGAGCCUGUCAGGUAGCCAGUAGCCCAGAAUCCAGCCUAGCUGACACAAUGCAAUUUUCAUGAUUUUUGACCACUUAUUUUCUCUGGCCUACAUUUGCUUUAGUCACCCUGAUAAGUAAUGGCACCCACCUGGUGUCCCAGGUCCAAGUCAGUUCCUGAUUAGAGGAAAAUAAUGAAAAAAAGCAGUGGAACUGGCUUCGAGAUCCAGAGUUGAAUAUGAGGGCUAGAGUAUGACAACUGUUUUGCACGAAAAGCUAGGGAAUUGAGUCAUUAUUUUGGACACACUCUGGAAUUUAACAGUUUUCAAUGGUUUAACUGUUCAGUGCUUUUGCAUAAUCUUUUUGGGUCCUCUGGCCACUGAAAGUGGAGCAGCUCGAUGAGCUAUAAUUGUCCACACUUGGUAUCAAUAAUUCACCUGGGGAUAAUCAUCAGAUAGUAUAUCUCACUGUUCUUAUUGGGAGACUGGACGCUGUCUAGCCCUAUUCUGCAGUAUCCAGGGAACCCAUAAAAUAUUUUUAUUAGAAAUCUACAUAAUACUCAUAUUUUAAGUCUGCCAUGUUUAUUUGAACAUUGCUUUCACCACAAGCAUUGGUCAUGAAGCAUUCCCCUUGUUACUAACUGUCUACUAAAUUAGAGUGAUAGGGAAUCAGUUGCGUAAGAGGCAGUUUUCCUGAUGUGUGUUGUUGCUGUGUGCAGAUGGACCGGUUUGAGAAGGCUGUGUACUACCUGGAUGCUGUGGUGUCCUUUAUCGAGUGUGGAAACGCACUGGAGAAGAGUGCUCAGGAGGCUAAGUCCCCCUUCCCCAUGUAUGCCGAGACCGUGGAGCUCAUCAAGUAAGAACAAAUGGCUGUAUUUCUCUACAACUUCUUUACGACAUAUCAAAUAGAAAUUAUCUUCAUAGUAGCAAUUACCUUUCAUAAACACCAUAGACCCAAAAUUGCACAAAUAUACAAAUAUUUAACUGAAUUGACAGUAUACCAUAAUAUUAUGAAACCUCUUAGAGUGCUUGUGUGGCGUUGCCAGACAGACCUACUAAGAACCAGUCAUUAAAGUCUCUCUCUUUCUCUCUCUGUCUCCGUCUGUGUGUAUAUUUCAGGUACACUAUGAAGUUAAAGAGCUACAUGGCCCCAGACGCUACGUCAGCAGACAAACGGCUAGCCGUGUUGUGGUAUGUGUCCUGACUCAUCACUUAAUAGAUUCAAUUUAGAGCGUGUCUGGACUGGAGUGUCAUUGUGCCGCUGCUCAUUGAGUCACUCUGCUAACGUUCAUUCAUCCCUCCCUCCCACUCCAGCCUGCGAUGCCAGUCCCUCCUCUACCUGCGACUGUUCAAGCUGAGGAAAGAGAGUGCACUGAAAUACUCUAAAACACUCACGGAGCACCUGAAGGUAAUUAAUUUUCCUUGGUACAAGUUCAGAGGAGUUGUGAUAUUUUCGCUUCAAACGUGUAUUCCUUUUGUUUAUUCUGCAUUUCAAUUUGUGUUUUUCAGAAUUCCUUGAGUAACACCCAAGCUCCCUCUCCUGGAAUGGGAAAGUAAGACAUUUUCGUUGUUGUACGCUGUCUUGAGACCAACAGUCUUCUUAAAUGUAUUCCACUUGUGAGGAAGUGAGACUCCUCAAUUAAUGGUCCAGACAAAAUGCUGAAAUUAUGGUGAAAAAUCUAGUUUUGAGCGGUUGUGAUUCUCCUCUUACCAAUCAUCUGCAUCUCCCUUUGUCUUCCAGUAAAGCGGCUGGCAUGCCCUCUCCAGUCUCUCCCAAGCUGUCCCCAGGUAGUGCCGGUAGCUACUCGUCAGGCACAUCCAGCUCCAGUGGUAGCUCCUCAGUCACCAUUCCCCAACGCAUCCACCAGAUGGCUGCCAGCUACGUCCAGGUCACCUCCAACUUCCUCUACGCCACCGAGGUGUGGGACCAAGCAGAGCAGCUGGCCAAAGAGCAGAAAGGUACCUGACUCACUCUCUCUUAUCAGCCAUAUCAGCACAACAAGAAACUAGACAGCGGGGGGUGUCUCCUAUAUAAAAUGCAUAUGGCUGUGUUAGUAUAUUGAUACCUUGGACGUUGGGCUAUCUAGUGCUUGUUUAAGACGUUAGAUUAAAAACUAGAAUACUACUAUGAGAUUGAAACUAACUCUGUAAGUGUUGAGCUCGCAAGCCAUUCCUGGGCAAGAGGUCUCUGACUGUUAAGUGUUUACCUUGCUUACCCUGGCUGUGUCCUGUCUGUUUUGCAGAGUUCUUCACGGAGCUGGACAAGGUGAUGGGCCUUCUGAUCUUCAACACCAGCAGCAUGACAGAACUGGUGCGCUUCACACGGCAGGGCCUACACUGGCUGCGGCUGGACGCUAAGCUCAUUCCCUGAAGGAUGCUAUAACCCCCCCCCCCCCACACACACA